UUCAUCAGUUAAGUCUGGACACUUAUACUCUUUUGUGACAAUAAAAGGAAGAUGAACUUCCCUGGUUUCGUUUUCCUUAGGGCGUUCUUCAUAGCAGUUCAGCUAACCACUUUUGCCUGGGCCGCACAGAAUCUUACAAAAACCUCAGGAAAAGACUAUGAUGAGCAGGGGAAACACUUGGGUGAACAACCAGUACGUCGCCGGGUACGAGCGUGCACACUUAUAGAUUUCUCACUGGGUCGUCGUAAACCAGUCUUUUCAGUGCCGAGUCAUUUCACUUUUCCCAUCUGCCAAGACAAUCACUACGCCACUUUCUAUGAUAAUAAUUGGGGAAUUGCACGUUACGCAGUAUACAAGAUUACCGCCAAACAAGCCAAGGCAGCCAGGGUACCAAGAGAUGGUGACUCAUGGAGACUGACUCGGAGGCCAGGAGCGGUUAUUCUUCAAGGAAGCAAUGCCCUGUACAAGAAUCAACCCAAGCCCUCUGAAUAUGACAAGGGCCAUAUCGUUCCUUUCGGUAUCUUAGCGUACAGCGACCAAAGUGUCCGUGCCACCUUCACUUACACCAACUGCGUACCGCAAAUUGACAAUUUCAACAGAGGUCAGUGGAAAGUGUACGAAAUGAAAAUAGUAGAAUAUGCUCGGGACUUUUGUUCUCCAAAAGGCGGAACUCUUUACCUGAUCACUGGUACAUCACAGGUUCAAUUCAAUGAGAUACUUAAUACUCAAGGUAAAAUAACAGGGGUGGGUAAGUCAGUGCAAAACGUGAAGUGGUUCCAUAAAAAUGUGAACCUCGGAAAAAGGAUCGCAAUUCCAAACUCGAUGUGGACAGUGGGCUGUUGUUCGAGUAGGAAGUAUGGAGUCGUGGGAGCGUUUGGUGUAAUGGGGGAUAAUUCUUUAAAUCCAGACUUAAAUAAGUUUAUGAUGUCCAGACAAAGCGUCACAUAUGUUGAAAAAGCCCUUCGCUUAGAGCGUCGAGCAAUUAAGUUAUUUCCGGGGGGCAAGGAUUGCUACAAGCCAAGAAAAAACGUUGCAUUGUAUCGAUUAUGAUUUUAUCAUGUUCUUUCAAAGGAGCAUGGGUAAAAUCCUUGACAAAAAUGCAAGGGCACCUUGCCUGAAAUAACCAGAUGGAGAUCAAUGCACAAUUUUUAUCACAUCUCAGUUAGUGAGCACACUAUGAUUGUUUUAUUUAACGUACUUCACUGUACAGCCCCCUAAAAUCAAAAGUUUGCCUGAAUUGAAAUCUUCUCCUAGCCUCUUUUUCAACCCAAAGAUAAAAUAAGUAUCUAACUAAUUGGUUUUUCUGGGGCUGUAUUGCAAGUUACAAACUCGGCUAGAAAGAGGUAUUCAGUAGACCCUAUAUUGCCAUCCUGUCCCAUUCUUUAUGUUCAUAAAUAUGCAUGAUGCUAGAUCUACUAAAGAAUCUAUAUU